AUGUUUGCACCACUCUUCUUCCUUCGCGGCAACGGCCCCAUCAAGUCAAAGACGGCAGACGCAAACCCGGUUCCUCUGCAAGACACAGCAGGCCGUCCAUUUCUGCUCCGAUUCUUUACCAAGGAUGGAUUCUUCUUUAAUGAACAGAAAUGGACUCCCAUUGAUCGAAGCCGGGCUUUAGAACCGUCCUCAUACAACCCUCCAGCUCACUAUCACAUCAACUCUGACGAACACUUUUACAUCACCAGCGGAGCGGGUACAUGGCAGCUGUGGGAUCGCAAGGUAUAUCUCAAGAAAGGCGACCAUAUUCUUGUUCCUAGAGGAAAGUGGCAUCGGUUUGACGAAGACCAAACAUUGGAUGAGCCGCUGGCUAUCGAAGUCCGCUACGACAAAGAGCAAGCGGCCAUGGAGGAGGCCUUUUUCCGCAACACGCUGACUUAUAUCAGCGACUGCCUCGACCAGAACAAGUCUCCAAGUAUUCUACAGCUCAUGAUUUUCUUUAUCCACGUGGAAAUGGCACCUGGAUUGCGCAUUGUUCCUUUUGAGACGCUUAACUUGUGGCUUAACAUGGCAUUGAUGUACACGCUCGGCGGCCUGGGAUAUCUGGUGGGCUAUAAGAGCUCUUAUGCAGAAUACUGUCGUCCAAGCUUCAAAAAGGACUAA